CCUCCUAUUCAACAUCUCAAUAGACUGAGUCCUUUCUUCUGUGUAUGUUGGUAGGCCUAUGUCCAACAUGCAUCAUUGACAUUUGGUGGAUUUAGGCCAGAUUGACAUUAUGGAAUAACAAUUUAGGCAGGGCAUCUUUCGAAGGAUAUAAGAGAUUUAAAUACUACCCACCAUGGCUCCAGCCAUCAGUCAGUUGAUCCAAUGGCAGGUGCUGGUCGUCCUCUUCCUCGCUUGCCAUGUCAUGUCACAGCGUUUGGUUUGGGCACCUAAUGGCGAACCGCCCGGACGUUUAGAAGUUCUGGAGAGUGCUUCUGAAGGUGCUGUUGUAUGGUGCUGCAUUGAGGCUGUUACCAUGGGAGUUUCCUCGUCCAAUCCAAUUACAUACACUGUCGACUCGACCAUUUUCAAAAUUGGUGGAGCGAACAAUAAUGCGUUGGAGCUUCGUGCCCCACUUGAUAGAGAGGAGACAGGUACUGUCAAGCUACGUCUGUCAGCCAACACCAAAACCAACUCAGGAGAUCCGGUCGUACUUGACCAUGACAUCUACAUCGCCAUCGUUGAUGUCAAUGACAAUGCCCCCGUGUUUACAAUACCAGGGGCCAACGGUGCUGGAUACAAGGAGUUUUCCACCGAGAUCAAGGAGGACACCAAGGUUAACACCACGUUCUACGCUAAUAAGAUGUGGGGCAUUGAUCGAGAUGCCUCGUCAACCUUCAGUCGGAUUGUUUUUUCUUGUGAUGCCGAUGGUGAUCAGAAUCAAGGCAACAAUUCUGUAGAGGCAAAGAUUGCAUGUGAAACAUUUAGUGUUUCAACCCAACAGUUGACAGGAAAUGGCAAUUUCUCCGCUCAGUUCAAACUGAAAAAAAAACUCAACUACAGGAAGAUUAAACUGUACAUCAUGACUGUGAUGUUGAAUGACUUCAAUGAAGAUGGCACCGUCAAACAUCAGGUGAAUGCUUUGUUGCUUAUCAAAGUGAUUGACAUUCAGAAUGAGAGUCCAGUCUUCUACCCUCCAAUCAUCACAGCUAAUCUCAAAGAUGGCACCGAAAAGGACGUUACUGUGGCCAAUGUCAGAGCUCAAGAUCAAGAUAUGGAGAAUCCGAUUGAUAAAAAUCCGGUUAUAUUGAGUAUCUUGAAAGUUGAACCAGCCUUAAAGAAUGGUUUCUAUCUGAAAGAUUUUAACUGCACUAAAGGCCAGUUAUUUCCGGAGAGUUACUGUAGUGCUGUAACUACCAAAGAAACCUUCGAUCGUGAGAUGCAUCCGAAUGUUGGUACAUAUACGAUUUUUGUCCUUGCCAAAGAAACUUUCAAAAAUGGAACACCUAAUGGAUAUGACGCCACCUGUCAGAUCUUUGUGAAUAUAAUUGACAGCAAUGACAAUGCUCCGUUGAUCAACCCAGCGAAAAAGACUGUGAGCAUUGCAGAGGGACGCACUGAUGCCUUUUUGGCACUGGAAGUUGUAGACCUGGAUUUACCGGAAAAUGGGCGUUUCAACCUCAGUCUUCAGCAGCCUAAUAAUAAAGCAUUUAAAAUCAUACCGCAAAAUCCACACGUUGGGCGGACCAGUGCGCAAAUUACGGUGGCAAACCAGACACUCAUUGACUAUGAAGUACCAGCAUAUCGGAAACAAGUCAUAAGGGUGAUUGCUACUGAAUACGGUGAAAAGGACAAAGUCAGUCCCCUUCAUACUAUGACAGGAACUUACACCAUCAAUGUUAUUGAUGAGAAUGACAACGCACCUACAUUUGCCCAGAACAUUUACACGGCAGAUGUGAAGGAAAACUCGCCAGCCGGAACCUCUGUCAUCAAGAUGACCGCAACUGAUGCUGACUCAGCUACCUUUGGGCCCCUCACAUAUAAGAUUGAAGGCGACAGCAAACACAGCAUCGGCCAUGAGCGGUUUGCAAUCAACGCGUUGACAGGAUUGGUCACUGUGGCUGCCGGAGCUGAAAAUAUUGAUUAUGAAGUUCAGCCAAAGUUUAACAUCUUUGUUGUUGCCACGGACAAAGGGAAGAAGGAAGUUACGGUCACGUUAGAGAUUAACGUAGUCAACGAGAACGACGUCAAUCCAGUCUUUGAGAAGCUUAUCUAUCAUACGAAGACUAUUGAGAAGACGACUGUGAUGAACCCUCAAAUUGAAGUCUCGGCCACUGAUGAUGAGAUCAAGACAAACAAAGUGUUCUACAGUAUCAUUGAUGGCAACACUAAAGAUAAUGCGUUUGUGGUGGGCAGGAACAGUGGAGUCUUAUCACUGAAAAGGCCUUUGAAUUAUGCGGAGGCACCUGCUGGUACAUUAGGAUUAUUCAGUGUUAUCAUUGAAGCAAAUGAUGGAGGUACUCCACCUGGGAAAAGUAAUGCAACUGUCAGGGUCCAAGUUGUGGAUGUGAAUGACUUCCCUCCAGUCUUUAACCAGUCGACAUACAAAGGCUCCGUUUCUGAGGCUGCAGCACCAGAGUUCCUUGUCCUGAAAGUGGCUGCCACGGACCAGGAUGGUGGACCAAAUGGGGAAUUCAACUAUCAGUUGUGGGGAAGUCAAGAUAGGUUUCUCAUGCGACAAGAUGGCUGGAUUACUUUACCCCCACAGCCAAGUCUUGACCAUGAUGUGCAGUCUCGAUAUGAAAUGGUGGUGUACGCAAUAGAUAAGGGUGCUCCCCAGAUGACUGGCAGCUGUAAUGUGAUCAUUGAAAUCAAGGAUGUGAAUAAUAAGGCACCGACGUUCAAUAAGACCACGUACUUUACAACUCUCCCAUCAGAUGCACAAAAGGAUUUCGUUGUUCAGCAGCUCCAGGCAGAAGACAAAGACACCAACCCAAAGUUGGAAUAUAAGAUUCCAUGGAACUCAUUCGUGGUCCAGGAUGUCAACAAACGAGUAAUUAGUGGAUCACCACUAGUACACCAACUGGCAGUGGAUAAAACGGGCCGUGUUUACCUAAUGGUGAAUCUGCGACCAGAAAAUGCAGACACUUUCCGGUUCUCGGUUACAGUAGAGGAUAAGAAUGCUGUGUCACUAAAUCCCCAAACUGCUACAGCCACGGUUAUUGUGAAUAUUUUUAGAAACCAGGGAGAGACACCAGUGUUCAAUUCGCCGUGGACACCACAGAAUCCGAUAUUAACUCAGUCCAUUCCUGAAGAGCAGGGCAACCAAACAUCUCUUCUGAAACUGAUAGCCCGUGACCCUAAGACCAAUCAACGGCUCGAAGACUUUGUGAAAGUGCCUGGGUCAGAUCCCGAUGGUUUCUUUUCAGUGGAUCUGAAAACAGGUGAGGUUCGACUGGCCAGGAGUGUUGAUUAUGAAGCAAUCAAUCCGAAGGUGAUCCGCUGUGAGGUGGUUGUCACAUCUGUCGAUAGGAAGAGAAAUGCCACCGCCAAGAUCAUCGUCAAUGUACAAGACAUUAACGAUAACAGCCCAACGUUUGCUAAGCAGGCAUUUACAUUCAGUAUUUCAGAGGGUUCCAAAUAUCCUUCGUUUGUCGGUUACGUGCGAGCGACUGAUAAAGAUUCGGGUGACUUUGGCAAGAUAGCUUAUACUCUGACGGGAGAACGUUCACAGGACUUCAUGAUUGAUAAGGACACAGGAGAUAUUCUAGUUGCUGGAAGACUCGACCGUGAGAUUUUCCCCAGAUAUCAGCUACUCGUGACAGCGGAGGACAAUCUUAUUUCAACCAAAGACAGGAAGUCGGGAAUCGCAACCGUGACGAUCAAUCUUGUGGACGUGAAUGACAAUUCACCGCAGUUUGAAGAGACGGAGUACAAGAUGUACACAAUGGAGUCAACUCCAGUGGACACAUCACUUGGGAAGGUCCUCGCAGUCGACAAAGAUGUAGGCAUUAAUAGCCAAAUAUUCUACUCGAUUGUUGACGAUAAUUCAUUGGGCUUCUUCAAGAUCGACCGGCUCCGUGGUGUAAUCAAGACUGCGACUUCCCUCCUAGGACAUGCCCGUGGUGCCCCCUAUUUAGUCAUCGUGGAGGCGUUAGAUAAUGGUAGUCCAAGUCAAAGAUCAGUUACUACAGUUCAGAUAACAAUACAGGACCCACAAGCUUUCAUUGGUCGACCUACUUUCAUCAACCCUACACCGGGAAUGGUCGUAGAUAUCUUUGAGGAGCAGCCUCCCCAUACUCCCGUGCUGACAUGUAAGGCAUCAGACUCAGAUGGCCCAGCCUCAGCGAUCAGAUUCAGUUUUGUAGCGUCAAGGAACCCUGACCAUGCCAAGUUUAAGAUUGAUCCCAUUUCUGGAAACAUAACAACUGCUGAAGUGCUUGACAGAGAGAAACAAUCACAUUAUGAUCUGCAAAUCCAAGCGACUGAUGGGACAGGGAACGUCUCUGCGAUCAUGCUGGGAGUUCGGCUCAUUGACAUUGAUGACCAUGCGCCAAGCUUCUAUGACUGUAACAAUGAUGCAAAGAAUCCACUGACUGGCAGCAUCUAUGAGAAUGAGACACCACCCAAUUUUGUGUUGACGGUGCUUGCUUGUGACUUGGAUACUAGUCCAAAUAAUCUCCUCUUCUUCAAGAUUACAUGUGGUAAUGAAAUGGAUCACUUCACCAUCGGGUUGCGUGACGGCAUCAUCCACAGCAAGUCUUCCCUUGAUCGCGAGAAGAUUAACCAGUACAAUUUAUGUGUGACUGUCUACAGCGCUGACCCAGGCACAACCCGCAAAAAGAGAGCAGUCAAGCCCAUUAGAUCAUCCACUAUUGGGGUUAAAAUUGAGGUCUUAGACAGAGAUGACAACGGACCCACAUACGCAUUUGUCCCCAAGAAGACUUUCACUACAGGUUUGCUGAUAAACGCUGCAUACAACAGCCUCGUCAUCGACGCACACGCCAAGGACCCUGACACGCCCAAACACUCCGUCACCUUUUAUCGAUUACUCAACAUGCAGUUCAUGUCUGCAGGACAGAUACGCAGCGCCCCAGGUGCCUUCCAAGUUGACAUGACAUCCGGUGAAGUCAGAACGAGUAUCGCAUCCUAUUCCGACUACACCAAUGGACGCUUUCAACUUAAUAUUGAAGCCUAUGAUACACUUGGACGCAAGGAUAAUGCCACAGUUCUGAUCUAUGUGCUGACCCAGAGCCAGAGGUUGAAGUUCAUCUUUGCGAAGACACCAAGUGACAUCCGAACCAUCACUCCGACAUUCAUGAGUGAUGUGAGUUACGUGGUCAAGGGGCGGAUAACAACUGAUCUAAUCCGGUUCUCAGUCGGAGAUGCUGCAAACUUCGAUUUCCAGAAAACUGACGUGUGUUUCCAUAUGGUGAAAGACAAUGAUAUCCUCCUGUAUACUGAUGCUGUGACUCUCCUGUCUGCCACCAAGCCUGAGCUGAAGAAGAUCUAUGAAACAUAUGGAAUGACAGAGAUUGGGCUGUGUAACAUCGGAGUGAAGACAUACACACGUUACACGGAGGUCAGCUUCUGGUGGGUGAUCAUCGUGCUGGCGUUGUUCCUCUUCAUCUUUGUCUUGAUCUGCGUCCUGGUCAUCAUCUGCCUGUGGAACCGGUACAGGAGGUUCAUGCUGACCAACACCUCAUAUAUUGUCAGGAUGGGAACUGGUGGAAACCUUUUGACCAAUCAUGUGCUGAUGUCCACUGACAUCUCAUCAUCCAAAAUCGCUGCCAGUGAAAUGAAGAGAACCUCCAAGAUCAGCUAUGAUGAAAUUGAUGUCAGUUUACCUGUACCAGCUCCUAUGGUGAGCUCAACUGAGACAACAGUGCUAACCAAGACCGAUGGUGGUUACACUAACUACGGCUAUGAUAACACGGAGACUUCAGUCAUGUCCACAUUUCAGCCGGGAGUGUAUGAAAGCCCAGAGAGCAUGAUGACCACUACAACUGAGCGCACCAGUGAUGUGGUCGGUGGUACUGUUGCUGUCACUGGUGGUGUUGUAGGCGGUGAAAGCACCACCACUGUCACCAAGGAAACCACCACCACCCUGGAUCCAAGCAGUGGCUCUGAUAUGAGAACCAUCAAUGCUGGUGGAACACCGACAGUCCUCAGGAAGAUUGUAACAACGACAACAACCGUGACGGAGGAAGUGGUGGAAGACCCAUCACCGACAUCUGGCGUCGUCAUCACAGAUGUCACAUCGCCAGCUCAGCCGAUUAACGAUAGGUACUGAUUGUUACAGACAGGAUGAGUUAUGAUCUCUACGCAUCAGUGCGCUAGCAUCGAGGAGGAAUAGCUUGCACCACCAACAAUUCGUAAUUCGUGAAUGCUGGAGACAUUGUCCGUCCAGUUUGUUUAAUUCACAAUAAGGAAAAGGCCUGUGUUUUUCCUUUUAGAAGAGACUACAUCCAUUAUUUGUUCACCAGUUCGGUCAACAUAAAUGACUUCACGUUGUCAAACAAGACUAGUUUUGAUGACCAACCUUUUUAAUGCUUUAUAAUUAUGUGAUAUUUUUAUUUUGAUCAAUCUUAUGUCAAGUAAUAUUCCAAAAGCCCCCACAUCGAGCAAGCUGGUCUGUAGGGUCUAUUUGUCUGAACAUGAUUGCGACGAACUAUACAUUAUGUACACUGUUAGUUGUAUGUUAGCUUUAUUUGUUAGAGAACUUUUUGUUUUUACGUGUUGUGAUAUUUGUGCCAUAUUUUGUACAUAGCAUUGUAACCACUAAAGUUGGAAGAAGGCAAUGAUUUUUGGAAUCAUCUACCAGUAGUUGAAGUGUUGUAAUAAGGGAGAAGUUUGUACACCCGUUCUCAAGCAUAUUUGUAGGGCAACCUCCGCCUGUAAGACCAUUUCUUGCUGGGAUUUACACUUCCAGCGUAUGCUAUAAAGCAUACCCCAUUUAGGUUUGUAAACGAGUUUCUUGUUUUGCUGAGGUUGGAAGCUGAAACACCAUUGAAUUGCCUUUGAAGCCAAUCUAGAGAUUUGACUUGUACCUCCUUCUUGAAACUAUUUUGUUUCCAAUUGUCGUGGAUCUGUUUAUAACCCCUGACUGUGUCAUUCUACCCCUUCUUCUUUAGUGUGUCCUGGUAGGUUAUAUUUAUUGUAGGCCGGCAAUAUGCCAUUAUUUAUUGUCAUAUUUACAGAAAGUGUAUAUAGCAGCUAUUUUCAUAUCAACAGCCAUGACUUGAACUCACAUUUUUGUAGUUAAUUUUUAGUAAAUAAAAGGUUUUAAGACCAUGAA